CGGGAUACUCUGUGAUCCGCCAUAUGGAGAAGACGCCAUUACUCGAAGGACAACGGGAAGGUUUAGAGUAAAUACUUCGCAUUUAAACGACAAAAUGGUCAAAGGAGGUACCUUAGGAGAUGAUAUUGGGAAAAUCUUCGUUGGUGGAUUAUCACACGAAACGACUCAAGAGUCUUUAAAGAAUUAUUUCGUAAAAUUUGGAGAAGUAACAGAUGUUGUUGUGAUGAAAGAUCCAGCCACCAAAAAACCAAGGGGUUUUGGAUUUGUGACAUUUCAAGAUCCUAACUCGGUGCAGAAGGUAAUUAACCAUCAUGGGCCCCAUGUGGUGGAUAACAAAACGAUUGAUCCAAAGCAGGCAGUACCUCGUGGCCCAGGUCAAGCAGGAUCGAUUCAAACUCAGCAAACUAGAGACAACAAUGCUAUGAAGAUUUUUGUUGGUGGGAUAGCAAAUGGAACCACAGAGGAUGAUCUGAGAAACUACUUCUCUGCCUAUGGAACGGUAACACAUGUGCACUUGAUGUAUGAGAACAAUCAAGUGGAUGGGACAAAAAGAAUGAGAGGCUUUGGUUUUGUAACGUUUGAAUCAAGCCAACCAGUUGAGAAGACUGCCAAUAUACAUUUUCACCAAAUCAAUGGAAAAACGGUGGAAGUGAAGAGAGCAGAGAAACGUGAUUCCAAGCCCAGCGGCAUGGCGGGAGGAAUCCCUGGCAUGAAUGCUUAUCAGCAGCAUCCUGUAGGCCAUCCUGGUUAUGGUGCAGGCGCGUAUCCACAGCAAGCCUCUUACGGCAUGCAGCAUCCCAUAGGAAUGGGUCGUGGUUUUCCUGGUUAUGGUGCCAUGGGUCCUGGUUCAGCGGCUGCUGCUACCCCUGGUUAUGCCGGAGCACCUGGUCCAUCACCAUAUGGCUAUGGAGCUGCAGCACCUGGUGUUGCUGCUACAUACGACCCUAAUGCUGCAGCUGCUAUGUAUGGAAGAGGCUCUGCACCAGGUUAUGGAGCAGCUGGAUAUGGUGCAGGGGCAGGGGUGACCAGCCAGCAACCUACCCCAGCUUCAGCGGCAGCAGCAGCUGGAGCACCACAGCCAGGAGGCUACCCAGACUACAGCCGCAUGCAAGUAUCCCAAGCUGGACAGCCUGGGGCAGCAGCUGGAGCACCUCAUGUCGACAGUGCAGGAGCACCUGACUACUCAGCAUAUGGUCUGGGUAACUAUCAACAACAAGACCUGCAGUAUGGCCCGACCCGGACCUCCUUCUCAUCUGACAGUGGUUUUGGAACCUACGGCUCUGCUGAACCUGCUGGGUACACUGGGGCAGGCCCAGGCUAUGGGGAAUCCUUCGGGAGGGGAACCGCAGCGUCCCGGGGAUUUCACCCCUACCGAUAACUGACCACAGCGUGGAUCAAGAGUUAGCUACUGUUGUUUAUUUGAGUAGUACGUGGGGUUUAUUUGAAAGCUUUAGUCUGCGUUUUAUUGAGUUUUUUUCGUGCGGCAUCUAUUUGUACAAAGCUGGAAGUGACAGACAGACCACAGAAAAAAAGAUUCUCGCAGUAUGUCGUUCCUCUAAUUUAUUGCAGAUUUUAGUUUCGAUGAUAAACAGUUUUAAUGGAACAUGCAUUUGAUGGAACAUAGAGAGUUCAUCCUUGUAUACUUUAAACCUUAGUCCAGUCUUCACAGCAGGUCGGGUUUUCUAAAAAGUUGCCCUUGACCAGACGCUCGUUCUUAGAAAUACGUAGAGUCAUUUUAGACAAAUUGCUAUUAAAAGUUGUUCAAUCAAAUCAGA